AGCCGCCUUAAAGUCAGAUGAGACAGCAGAGGGACAGCUUACCGUAAAACCUCAGAGGCUCUGAAUGUCUGAUGAUUCAUAUCUGAAGUUCUGAUGGAUUAGUGUGGAGCGGUCCUGGAGGAGGAGCAUGGUGCCGGUCCGGAGUCCAGAGUAACUCCGCUCUGCAGGAACUUUCCUGGAUCUGGGAACGUCUGGCAUUUUCUGCAGCAGCUGUUUGAAUAUUUCCCCUGCAGAGCGAUGAGCUGCUGGACGUUUUUAGUCGCCUUCAGCCUUCUUGCGCCUCGGUGCCACGCAGGCUGUGCGGAGGUGGACCCCAUGACCGAAGCCGUGGCGGGAGAAGGAUUCCUGCUCAACUGCAUUUCCUGUAAGAAAAGAGAGGAAGUGUCGGCCCGAGCCACGGUGGACUGGCACUUCAAACGGCCCGACGACCACGAGUUCACACAGAUCUUCCACUAUAAACACCCCAAAGCUGAAGUCCUCCAUGAAGACUUCAGCGACCGGCUGCAGUGGCAGGGAACGCUGAACGACGACAUCCAGAUCGGCGCCGUUUUCAUCCAGAACGUCACCUUCAACGACAGCGGGACGUACCGCUGCACCUUCAGCCGCACCCUCCUCCUGCCGCUGCAGCCCGAGAACGUGGUGGUGGAGAAGGAGGUGGAGCUCACCGUGGUGGCCGCAGCCAACCGGGAGCUGACGGCGGUGAUCUCUGAGAUCGUGAUGUACGUCCUGAUCGUGGUUCUGCAGCUGUGGCUCAUCCUGGUCAUGGUCUACUGCUACAAGAAGAUCUGGAACGAACACGAAGCGCGAGAGGCGAAGAAAGCGCUGGAAGCGGAGGGAUCACUGCUGGAGUCCAAGGAUCACUGUGACGGCAUGCAGGCGGAGUAACGCCAGAGAGCGUCAGCACGCUCACCUGGAGCUGCAGAAAGGAACGUUCAUAAAAUAUAUGUUUUUACAUAUUUGUUGAAACUGAGGUGAUUGACAGCGCUAAGCCCCGCCUCCUGGCUCUGAUUGGUUGUUUGUGGGAGCCAAGCAUCUCUUCAGACAGCAGAUUGAUCUUUUCACAGAUUGUUUCUCUCACAACAAAAUGUAAUGGUGACAGGUUUGAUAAAUAUGUAAAAACAUAUUUCACAUAUUUACUUCUGUAACCUUCAGAUCAUCAUCAUCUCUGAAACACUUUUAAUGAUUCUGAGGUUUAUUCUUGAGGAAAACGUCUGACCUGCUGUUUGGUUUGUUCUCCGGUUCACCAGAACCUCUCCGGUGGUUCUGAAAGCUCCAUCAGCUUAAACUGAGAGAACAUGAAGGACUCUGAUGUCACAUCCUGUCUGUUGCCAUGGGAAACCGCCUGAAUCAAAAAGCAGAAAAAAUAUUUUCUUUCUUCUUCUUGUCCGUCUCUGGAUCAUUUCUGUGUUUUCUUACUUCUAGGGAUGAACUGAUGUGAAAACUUGGGCCGAUAUUAAUAUCCGAUAGAUAAUCAAUAUUUAUCGAUAUUGUUAGAUAUAUUUCCAGGUGUCUCAGUGCAUGUCUUCCUCUCUGUUGGACUUUGAUUUUAUUUCGAUCAUCUCCUUCCAUCCUGUGUUUAUUUAAUUGUUCCUGAUCUGUUCUGAUUUCAGUCUGUUUAUUUCUGUUGCCUCCAGUAAUCUUGAUCCCAGUAGAUUUUUCUGUUCCCCAGUUUCACUUUGUCAGUUCCUCCUGUUUUCUUCUUGCUCGUUUUUUUGUUCUGUUUCUUCCAUUAAAUUUUCCUUCUCAUCAUC